AGAGAGAGACACACACACACACACACACAGAGAGACACACAGAGAUACAGACAGCGAGAGAGAGAGAGACACACACACAGAGACACACACACAGAGAGAGAGAGAGAGAGAUGACUCUAAUGGACAUGUAAACACACGGUGGCUCUGAUGAAUAACGUUAACAUUAACACACAGGACCGGAGUCCAGACUUUGUUCUCAUGCGUUUGGUGUCUGCAGCUGAGUACGAUGACCUGGAACCGGACGGUGAGGACGUGCUGAACCCGGAGAAGAGCAGCAGCUUAACCCCAGGUGGAGGAGGCAAAGAGGAGCCCAACUACAGCGCAGACAGACAGACAUGUCAGUGGAUCCCUGUACUUAGGCUCAGUAACGGUGAGGAACCUCAGGAAGGACUCUGUCACAGACACACACACAUAAAGGACCUCUCUAUAGGAGACAAACCGGGCCACAUCACUCCCAAUGACUCUCUUAGACCCGGGACUGGGACCUCCACCUUGGAUCCUGUCCUGAACCUGGCUCGGCAGCCGGGGGAGAUCGGACCGAGCUCGGACACCACGCAAAAGGACGAAGGAGAUGUGUCUGUGUGCUCCUGUCAGCCCAGAGAGGACCCGAGUGAGACCAGCGAUGCCCUGUUGGUGUUGGAGGGUUUGGGUACGAACACAGUAGGACACAAGGAGGCGAAAGAUCAGGCGAGUUUUGCUCAGACUCUAAGCGACUCCACGUCUCUGAGUGGUCUGAUGCGCCAGUUGACCUCUGACCCUUGCUGUCAGGAUGCCGCCACACCCAGUGCUCCUUCGAGUCGCCCACCUACACCGAAACACGUGGGCACGGCUCUGCAGCUCUCCGCCUGUGGCAGCAGGGCGAGCGAGAGAGGGAAGUCCAGGAAAGGGUCGCUGAAGGUGUGUUUGAGUAAACUGUUCCGCACUAAAAGCACGGGCAGCACCGACGGAGGUCACAUGACCAACAAGAGGCCAUCCCUCGCUUCAUCUACUUCAUCUGGAGGAAGCCUCGUGGAUGUGUUCGGCCAGAGUCUCGACACCACCAGGUCUCAGAUGGUCAGUCCUCACAGUGCCUCCUUUUCUCCUGUUCCCUUCACUGGUGAGACUGUGUCUCUUGUAGACGUGGACUUUUCUCGAAGGAGUGUCAACUCUCUUCAUCCCCCCACUCCUCCUCCUCCACCAAGGAGAAGUCUCAGCUUGCUCGAUGACUUCGCAGUGCCCCAGCCUGGACGGUUUCUCUCCUCAGCCCAGUCACUACAGCCUACACACACACACUCACACACACACAUCCACCACAGCCUGAGUCUGAAUGAUACGACUCUCCGAAGUGUUCCGCCCCGGCCACGCCCCAUCCAGAACAACCCUCUCAGUGGGCAGCUGCAGCGGCGGUCCCUGUUGUGUCCUCUGACCAGCAGCUUCGCCACAAGCCUCCGAGAGCUGGAGAAGUGUGGGUGGUACUGGGGACCGAUGAACUGGGAGGAUGCAGAAAUGAAGCUUAAGGGAAAGGCAGACGGCUCGUUCCUGGUGCGAGACAGCUCAGACCCAAGAUACAUCCUCAGCCUGAGCUUCAGAUCGCAGGGCGUCACACACCACACCCGUAUGGAGCACUACAGAGGGACAUUCAGUCUUUGGUGUCACCCUAAAUUUGAGGAUCGUUGUCACUCAGUGGUGGAGUUUAUUGAGCGAGCCAUCAUGCACUCUAAAAAUGGACGAUUCCUGUACUUCCUGCGCUCACGAGUUCCAGGUCUUCCCCCCACCCCGGUGCAGCUCCUGUACCCAGUGUCACGGUUCAGCAGUGUGAAGUCUCUGCAGCACCUCUGUCGCUUCUGCAUCAGACAACUCGUCCGCAUAGACCAUAUACAGGAGCUCCCACUGCCCACACCGGUCAUCGGGUAUCUACGGAAAUUCUAUUUCUAUGAUCCAGAAGAGGAGAAGAAUCUGUCAAUCAGAGAAUCAGGGCGGGACACCAGCACACAGGAGACGGACUCUCAGACGUAGCAGGACCAGAAAAUGGAUAGAGUCUUUAUUUUUAUUUGGAAUAAACACACAGCCUGCUGAGACCAAACCUGGUGGAGAUGAACGACAGAUAGACUACUUUUUUCUUUGUAUACACUGAAGGACCUAAUCACUGCUCCUGGAGGUGUUGUGAUUGUAGUGGAGUUUCUCACAAUGAUCCUCCCACCAGGAGGGAAGGGGAAGUGGAAACCUGCAGCUGAUACAGGAUCAGAUGUUAAUGUGAAGAUGUUCUGAUGCACUGAUGAGCGUUCACAUCCUGACAUGUGGGACUGUGACAAACUGGACUUAUUACUGCUCACAUACCAGGUUCUACUCAUACUUGUGUUCUUUCAUGGUCAGUAUAAGGGUAAGGUGUGUGUGUGUGUGUGUACAUAGUGUGUGUGUGUGUGUGUGUACAUAGUGUGUGUAUGAUAUACAUGCAGAAGAUCUCUUCUGUCCAUCUCUGACUGUUCAGACUGGAGCUACAGGUGGUUCUGUGUAACAGGACUGUGUUCUUGUAAACUCACCACAAACACACAGCUUGGAAAUAAACAAUGGGCUGAUGAUUAAAAGUCUCAUUGGGGUUUUAGUCCAA